GCACUGUGUGUAUAUAUAUAUAUAUAUAUAUACAUGUGAAUUGAAAUGUUUGCUUAUACAGUACUGUAGUUUGUUUUUAUUUGCUGAUAUAAAUUUAGCUUCCCUGAGCACUUGAGCAUCACUAAGCCACAUCUAGGGUUGUUUUGGUAACUCCUAAUUUUUGUUUCUUUUCUUCUCAUUUUCUUAGGUUGAUGUGUACUGUAUGUAGUGUUCACUUUAGCCAAAAGUGCAUGAUAAGGUUAAACACCCAGCAAGUGAAUUAGUGCAUGAACUUUCUAGAAAGUGUAUAAACUCCUAUCUGUAGUGAAACAAAUUUAAAAAAUUUAGAAAAAAACGUGAAAGAAAAACAAAGACAAACAACUACACACAGAUUAACUAUCAAAAGUGAAUGAUUACAUAACCUGUUAAUUGUAGACUGUUGAAAAUUGAUUGAAAGAGAGUUUACCUUGAUACUGUAGAACAAAACCACUACCACACCUGCACAAUGCCAGAGACCAACUACCCCACCAUGUCAAACACAGACAAUGGAAGUGGUCUCAUUCUCCGCUGGGAUAUUAAGAAUCUGGAGAUCAAGACCAGAUCAGUUGAAAAGACACUAGAGCCCCUUGUUAUACAGGUCACAACCCUUGUCAACACAAAAGGACCAUCCAAGAAGAAGAAAGGGCGAAGUAAACGAGCUCAUGUCUUGGUGGCGGCAGUUGAGGCAGCCACGGCAAAUUUCAUCGAGAGGGGGGAGGAGAUUGCAUAUGAGAACCCCGACAUCAGGGGAGAGAUGCUCGGUGCUGUGGAGGAAGUCAGAAAGACAGGAGAUACUAUGUCACGAGCUGCCCGGGAGUUUGCCGAAGACCCUUGCAGUAGUGUCAAGCGUGGCAACAUGGUCCGUGCUGCCAGGAAUCUACUAUCUGCUGUCACUCGCCUUCUUAUAUUAGCGGAUAUGGUGGAUGUUCAUCGUCUCUUGAAGAGUUUGCAAGUGGUGGAAGAUGAUUUAGAAAAGGUUAAAAAUGCAUCAAGCCAGUCAGAACUCCUCGAUAACUUCCGUUUGUUUGGUAAGAACACAAGUGACCUCAUUAACCAAGCUGCCAAACGACAAAAUGAACUCAAGGACCCAAGGCUUCGUGAUGACUUGGCUUCAGCUCGGGCUGUACUUAAGAAGAAUUCAAUGAUGCUGCUCACAGCUUCAAAGGCAUAUGUGCGACAUCCUGAGCUAGCAGCAGCAAAGGCCAAUCGAGACUUUGUGUUCAAACAAGUAUGUGAAGCAGUUACCACCAUCAGUGACGUAGCGCAGGGUAAGGCUACAGGGGCUGGCCAGAUGCCUUAUGAGGGACCUGGAGAACUAGCCUCUGCUCUGGAUGACUUUGAUGAACGCAUCAAUAUGGACCCUCUGACUUACAAUGAGGUGCGCACCCGUCCAUCACUGGAAGAACGUUUAGAGUCCAUCAUUAGUGGUGCCGCCCUCAUGGCUGACUCCUUCUGUACGCGUGAUGAUCGCCGUCUUAAGAUAGUGGAAGAAUGUAAUGCAGUGAGACAAGCGCUGCAAGAUCUCCUAACUGAAUAUAUGGACAAUAUGGGACGCAAACAACCAUCAGAGAACUUAGAUAAGGCUAUUGAUCACAUGUACCGGAAGACGAAGGAUUUGCGACGACAGCUUCGUAAAGCGGUGGUUGAUCACGUGUCGGACAGCUUCCUGGAGACAAAUGUACCUCUUCUUGUUUUGGUGGAAGCAGCACGAAAUGGGAAUGAGAAGGAAGUGGAAGAAUAUGCGCAGGUGUUUACUGAGCACGCUAAUAAGUUAGUGGAAGUUGCCAAUCUGGCCUGCACGAUGUCCAACAACGAAGAUGGCGUUAAGAUGGUGAGAUAUGGUGCAGCCCAAAUUGAGCAGCUGUGUCCUCAGGUUAUUAAUGCUGCAAGCAUCCUCUCAGCAAGACCCAAGUCUAAGGUAACACAAGAGAAUAUGGAUGCCUUCAAGGACGCUUGGGAAAAUCAAGUACGCAUUUUGACAGAAUCUGUUGAUGACAUAACAACGAUUGACGAUUUCUUGGCCGUCUCAGAGAGUCACAUACUGGAGGAUGUGAAGACCUGUGUAAGAGCCAUUAAUGAGGGUGAUCCAGAGACCCUAGAUCGCAUUGCAGGUGCCAUCCGUGGCCGCUCAACUCGUGUUUGUCAUGUGGUUGCUUCUGAAAUGGACAAUUACGAGCCAUGCAUGUACACUGAUCGAGUGUUAGAGGCUGUGAAAGUUUUACGAGACCAAGUGCUACCAAACUUUGCCCAACGUGUGGAUGUGGCUGUUGAAGCUCUCAGUAGCACUCCAGGCAAGGAGGUCGAUGAGAACGAGUUUAUCGAUGCCUCACAUCUGGUGUACGAUGGGGUGAGAGAGAUCCGUAUGGCCGUGCUAAUGAACAAAGCUGAUGAUGAGCUUGAUCCAGAUGAUGUCCUGAUGGACGACUAUCACACUGUGGAGAUAAGAAGCAAAUCGAGUGCUCACACAGUAGAAACCACCAUUGAUGAGUACCCAGGAGUGAGCGGCAUUACCACAGCCAGAGACGCCAUGAGAAAUUUGAGCGAGGAGGACAAGGACAAAAUUGCAGCUCAGGUUGAAAACUUCCGUCUGGAGAAGGUGAAGUUUGACCAGGAAGUUGCUAAGUGGGACGAUACUGGUAAUGACAUUAUUGUUUUGGCCAAGCAUAUGUGUAUGAUCAUGAUGGAGAUGACAGAUUUCACAAGAGGCCGAGGCCCACUCAAGACAACCAUGGAUGUCAUCAAUGCUGCUAAAAAGAUUUCUGAAGCAGGAACAAAGUUAGACAAACUCUCGAGACAGAUUGCUGAUCAGUGUCCUGAAUCAAGAACCAAAGAUGAUAUGUUAGCUUACUUGGACCGUAUUGCUUUGUAUUGUCACCAGUUGAAUAUUACAUCAAAGGUCAAGGCAGAUGUACAGAACAUUUCUGGUGAACUUAUUGUGUCUGGGCUGGAUUCUGCCACAUCUUUGAUUCAGGCAGCAAAGAACUUAAUGAAUGCUGUGGUCCUGACUGUGAAGUGUUCAUACGUUGCCUCAACUAAGUAUCCGCGUCAGGGAACUAUUGCUCUUACCUUACCUAAUGGAGAGAGAGAAUUGUGUGAGAGGGAAAAGAAACCUGGGGCAAGAUCAGCACAAAAAUUCACCAUGUGGUAUGGAAAUGCAGUCCCCCAUUGUUGUAUGGAAGAUGAAGGCGCCAGAGAAGAAACCAUUAGUACGACGUGAGAAAGCAGAAGAGGUGAGAGCCAAAGUACGUAAGGGUAGUCAAAAGAAGCCUGUCUCGGCACUCAAGGCUCUUGCAGAAUUCCAGAGUCCAGCAGAUGCAAUUUAGAGCAUGUUUUACUCUUUCACACUUAGGAAUAUUUAAGAUAGUUUUGUAAAUUGAUAAAAUACCUAAUGUUUGCAAUUGUGGGGGGUGCAACAGCCUCCUGCACUAAUAUUGUGUACUGUGAGAAUGUUAUCCAGUAGACCCUUAAAGAAGGUUAAUCAAUAAGUAAAGAUUAAGCCCUGUAAAGGGAGUCCAAAUCUAUUGAUGACUUAUUCCUUUUAUUUUUAUUAUUAAUUUUAUUAGGUUCAUAUGUAUAUGUUCAUUUUGUUUAUGAUGACAUCUUUUAUUAUGUAUAAACAUAUUUUUGUAUCAAAUGACAGUCAGUAAUUGGUGAAAAUUGAUGCUGUACUUAAAUUUAAAUACUCUGUAAUACAAGAAUUAACAAACCAAAUCCCCAAAAUUUAUUUUGUCACAAACAAAAGACAAACUAAAUUAAUGUUAAGUUCACAAAUAAUUAAUUUCCAGUAUACACGCAAGUAACAUUGCUUACCUGCAUGUGGUGUGCUCAGUGAAUUAUCUUUUGCUAUAUUUAUAUGAAGUAAAUGAAUAGUUUCAAGUAUCAGUUGGUGAUAAAGUGUAUUGAAAAUAAGUGAUAAUAUUAGGAAUGUUGAAUGUGUUAUAUAUUUAUAUUCAGCAAUUCCUUAUUUGUCCAGCAGUCUUAGGAAUAUAUAUAUUUUUUGCAUAACAUGUUCCUUAUCAUUAAUUGAAAUAUUAAGAGGACUGACCCAUUUUUACUUAGUGGUUCAAAGCUUCCAUUAGCUCACCUCUAUAGUUACAUUCCCUUAAUAUGAAUGUAUAUUGGAAAAUUUUCAACAUUAGAAUUUUGACAUUAAUUUGAUUAUGUUCAUCUCAAGCAUUUCAGCUGAUAUGAAGUAUUUUUUUAAUUGAUGUUUUAUCCUGAAACUUUUUUUAACAUUGUGGACCAACUAUUUUCUUGUAUAAAGUGUGAAUUUUCACAACUUAAGAACCCAGGUUUGAUCUUGGUGCAGGGUAAAGUGGACAGUAUUACAUGCCAUCACCUGUAGAGGUGGUCUCUGGGGAUCAACAGGUUUCACACUGGCAGCCCCUUGAUAACAAAUAUGGUAUCACCUUGCUCAGCAGAUGGCAUAAUCAGAUGUACAGGUACUUUACAAUAUGGAGGAAUUUUAAUUUUUCUGUCAUAGUUUACACUUGUACCUUAAGCGGUGGCAAUAGCAGUAACAAUGCUUAUUAAAAUAUUAUAAUAUGUCAGGUAUAUCAUAUGGGACACAUUAGUUGAACUGUGAAUUAAGUCAUUGUAGGUAAUUUAUAUUUCAAUCUAGGUUUUUAAAUUUGAGAAUUAAUCAGGGUACACGUAUAGUCAAUGUCAAAUAGAAUACAGGAUUCUAUUUGGUGAUGUUUAUUGGUAAACAGUUAUAGAACUAUGUGAUGAAUAAUGCAGUUCAUGGGCCUUUAAUCUGAGGAUAUUGAUCAUUUAGUAAGUUGUUGUUAUGAGUUGAUAGUCUUAUACUUUACUUUUUGGGGUGAAAUUGAUGUGGAAUCAUUUAUCUUAAUUGCACAUUUAAUGUAAGCUGAAUUACCCAUCAGUGUAGGGCAGUGUGGCACUUAAGAAUAUGGCAAAAACAACCAACAGUUUAUUACUUCACAUACUGUAUAGAUAACUCAUUCUUUUGCUAAUCAUUCCAAAAUAUUUUGAUCAUGCUGAUCUUUGUAGUUAGGAUUAAGUUUUACCUUGUAAUAAAGUACAGUAGUACAUUGCUGUAUAUCCUCAAAGCAUUUAUUUGUGUCAGUUGGAAAUGCUAGGGUUUCAUUUUUUAAAUACUGUAUUGUUGUAUGUGAUGUUCUGAAAAAAAUAUUUUCAGUAGUUUUAAACUCAGUGAUUCAAUAUUAUGAUUAAUAACUUUGCAUAUCAUAACUCAUUGUAUAUUGGGACAAUUUCCUUGAGAAAGAUUUAGCAUGGGCAGCUUUUUGUAAUCAAUAGGUUAAGUUAUGUUCAUGGAAUCAUCCAUUAAGGCACCAAAGCAGAUUAUAUGGCAUGCUGGUCAUGAUCAACAAACUAUUUAUUUUGUUUCCAUAACAAUAAUAGAUAAAAAACAUGAAU